AUGAAGCAUGACUUUGUCACUGAUGAGGCUCACAUGAACUCCCAUGGGAGAUGCUCCAGGAACAAAGUCCAGAAAAAAGUCCCAGAGAAGAGCAUCAUCUCUGCAAUUAGGAACCCUUAUCGCAGGAUUUUACUUGGCAAAAAUGUGAUCAGCAAUAAGCAUGAGGUCUGGAGGGUCAAGUUCUUGCUGGCCAAGAUCCACAAGGCCACCUUGGAGUUGCUGACGAUGGAGAAGAAGGACCUUGUGCCCCUCUUGGCAGGCAAUGCCCUGUUGUGGCAGCUGAUCUGCAUUGGCAUGAUGGGCGAGGACAAGAUGAAGCUGGAUUACAUGUUGGGCCUCAAGAUUGAGGAUUUCUUGAAGUGCCACCUGCAGACGCAGGUUUUCAAGCUGGGCCUGGCCAAGUCCAUCCACCAUGCUCGCGUGCUCAUCCACCAGUGCCACAUCAGGGUCCACAAACAGGUCGUGAACAUUCCCUCCUUCAUUUUCUGCCUGGACUCGCAGAAGCACAUUGACUCUUGCUCUGCUCCUUAUGGGGGUGGACACUUGGGCCUUGUAAAGAGGAAGAAUGCCAAGAAGGGCCAGGGAGGGACUGGAGCUGGUGGUGACAAGGAGGAAUGUGCCCACUGCCUCCUGACUGGUUGGGAGUGUCUAGUUUCUAUCCAGAAAAUAAAAAAGACCAACACUUUGGAAUUGUUCUCCUGA